AUGACCGUCACAGACUCCACGCCAGAAGGCAACGUCACCGCAGAACUCUGCAACUGGGUGACAGACCUUAAGCCGUCAGACAUCCCUGCAGAUGUCCUCCAACGAGCCAAACACCUCCUGCUCGACGGCAUCGCCUGUGGCCUGGUCGGAUCUCACGUCCCGUGGUCCGAGCAAGCCGCCCAGGCGAUUGAUGACUACGAACCGGAAGGAUACUGUAGUGUGAUAGGCUACAAGAGGCGGUACGGCCCGCAAGCGGCGGCCAUUCUCAACGGCUCAUUCAUCCAAGCCGUAGAGCUAGAUGACUACCACAGUGCCGCACCACUCCACUCCGCCAGUGUCCUCUUGCCUGCAUUAUUCGCCGCAGCGGAAGUGCAGUCCAAAGGACACAGGAAGGGCGUCGUCUCGGGACUCGAUUUCCUCGUUGCCCUUAUAGUGGGAUUCGAAACGGGACCUCGAGUCGGAUCCGCCAUGUACGGCGCGGAUCUGCUUUCACGGGGAUGGCAUUCAGGCCCGGUCUUCGGUUCCCCAGCAGCGGCAGCUGCGUCGUCAAAGUUACUGGGACUCAGUCCGGAUGACACCGAGUCCGCGGUCGGGAUCGCCUGCACGCAGGCGGGCGGGCUGAUGGCAGCGCAGUAUGAGGGGAUGGUGAAACGGGUACAGCACGCGUUUGCCGCUCGCAACGGGCUCUUCGGCGCGCUCUUGGCUCGCGACGGCUACGUGGGAAUCAAGAAGGUCUUCGACCGCAGCUAUGGUGGGUUUCUCACCAUGUUCACACAAGGAAACGGCCGGAGUCCGCAGUAUAAGCCUGCCGAGGUAACGACUGCCCUGGGGACGGAGUGGCAGACGAAGAAUAUCCGCGUGAAAUUGCAUGCCUGUGUCGGCGGCUGUCACGGACAGAUCGAAGCCCUGGAGAAGCUCCAGCGGAACUACCCUGACCGAUUUGCCGUGGACCAGCUACAGAAUAUUCGUCGCAUUACGGUUUCCCUUUCCGAGCCGGUGUUUGCCCACGAUGGCUGGGCCCCGGAGGAGCGGCCGUUGACUGCGACGGGCGGCCAGAUGAACGCGGCGUACAUUGGUGCCGCGCAGCUGGUGUAUGGACAGGUGCUGCUCGAUCAGUUCGAGCCUCAUGCUUUGGACAGUGAUGCUGUGUGGAGUCUCAUCGACAAGACGACUUGUGUCCAUAGCUCGGAGUUCGACAAGCCGGGUCAUCUCUGCGGGGCCCGCAUCGUGGUCGAGUUUAACGAUGGGGAGACCGUGGAGGAUGUGGUCGCCAUGCCGAAAGGUUUCGAUCCGCCCAUCACGGAUGAGGAGAUCCGUGAGAAGUGGCGCAAGCUGGCGAGCUCCGUGAUUGACUCGGAGAGACUGCAGAGAAUUGAGAACUCGGUUUUGUCUUUGGAGACUUCAGCUGAUGUGUCAGAAUUGUUGGCAUUGAUCAGCGGUGAGCUGUAG